AUGACUGGGGUUUCUGAAGGGCGCUCUGUUACCCUUGAUAUGCUCAAGCAGAUAAUGGCUCAGUUUGCCAAGGAGAGGGACUGGGACCAGUUUCAUAGCCCAAGGAACCUUCUCUUGGCUUUGGUGGCAGAAGUGGGAGAAUUGUCUGAGAUAUUUCAGUGGAAAGGUGAGGUUCCAAAGGGAAUUCCAGAUUGGAAAGAAGAGGAAAAAGUUCAUCUUGGGGAAGAGCUUUCUGAUGUCUUGCUUUACCUUGUUAGGCUCUCUGACAUCUGUGGUGUUGAUCUUGGUAAAGCUGCUUUGAGAAAGGUUGAACUCAAUGCUAUAAAAUACCCAGCAAAAGUUUCUGAAGAGGUUUCAAUCAAGCAGUGUGAAAACUCAACUACCACCCUUACUCCUACCAAUGAUGGCACUGGAACCGGCACUGAAAGUGCUUGAUUGAUUAUAUGGGGUUAUUGUGUUUACAGUUUAGCUGUUUUAAGGGGUAAAGUAGGAAAGGGUCUUUGAUGAAGUUUGUAUGUGAUGUUUUGUGCCAUUGCAUGGAAACUAGUAUGGUUGGUUGGU